UCGGCGCCGGCUCUGGUCCAGUUCCAGCUCGGCCUCUUCAGGGAGGUGGUCCGGGUCCCCGCCGGCAACCGCAGCUACCGCCACGCCAAGAGGCUGGCGGCGGAGAUCAUAGAGCGCAAGGGGAGUCAGGAAGUGGGCUCACGGCGGCUGAAUCGCGCUCUGGAUCUGCAGCCAGCCGGGCCCUGGCGGCUGAGGUCGGACCAGGAGGCUGCAGGUGUUUGGUCUCCUCGGCUGCAGGAACUCUGUGGUCGCACAGCGCGACGCUAAGUUUCCAACCACAGCGUCUGCUCCUGCUGCCUCGCACACACACACACACACACACACACACGCUUACAAGUUUCCAUGCAGAAGGUCAGCUCUCGGUGUGUGUGUGUGUGUGUGCGUUCUCUGUACACACACACACACACACACACCACGUUUUACAUUGCAUCCUUUUACAAAAGUACUUUUCUACAAUACAUCUGCAGGAAUACACUCCCACCGUGAGUGGUGAUGUUGCAGGGGGAUCCUUUCCCUCCCCAACCUUCCUCUGGAAGACUCCCAUGAUGCACCGUGCCACGUGUCGUCUUUUGAUGCCGAGCAAAACUAGGUCGUUGGUCCACAGAAGUGUUCUGCAGAGUCUCCUACUGAAUCGUCUCCUUUUCUUUUCUUUCUUUUGGUUGGCUGUGUGCGUGUGUGUGUGCGUGUGUGUGUGUGUGCGUGUGUGUGUGUGUGUUCAGGCUCCAGACUGCAGCGUGGUCGGCGUCGGGGAGAAGACCCUCCUCUUCAGACACCAGCCGUCCUCGGAGCAGCGGCUGCUUCGCCUGACGGACGAGGACGAGCUGCAGGACGGAGACUUCAUCGAGGUCAUCAUCGCAGGAUCGGCGUCGGUGACCGAGAUGAGGACCCGCCCCCACGCCCUGGUGGUCCACUCGUACCGGACCCCCACCUUCUGCCACCACUGUGGAGAGAUGCUGUGGGGCCUCGUCCGCCAGGGGUUGAAGUGCGACGGCUGCGGACUGGACUUCCACAAGCGCUGCGCCUUCCUGCUGACCAACGACUGCAGCCGCGCGCGGCGCCAGGUCAGCACCAGCCUCUCGCUGUUCCCGCCCCGCCGGCCCCGGACGCACUCGCUGUCCAAUCAGGCGGGGGGCAGCUUGGAGGAGAUCAGCAUGUCCAAGCCGUCCUCCAGGCCCGUGUCCUGGGCCGAGCCCCCCGUCUGGCUGGGGAUUGGCUGCGGCGACCUGGGCGGGGCUCAGGUGCCUCACACCUUCCACAUCCACAGCUACACCAAGCCCACCGUGUGCCAGCACUGCCACCGGCUGCUCAAAGGGCUCUUCAGGCAAGGGCUGCAGUGCUCAGACUGCAGGUUCAACUGCCAUCGGCGCUGUGAGCUGCUGGUCCCCAGAGACUGUCCCGGGGAGAGGAGGGCGUCCCACAGCGAAGGUGAGCUUCGCGGCCCCCCGGCGGACGCGGACGACGCCGACUCGCUGCUCACCGGCGUGACGGCGCUGGACGUCUCUGACGACGAGAUGUCCGUCUCCGACGGAGACCGGGCGCCCGAGACGGAGGACGAGGAGCAGCGAGAGCCGAUGAGUCCCUGCUUCAGCAGCAACAUCCCUCUGAUGAGGCUCGUCCAGUCGCUCCAUCACUCGAAGAAGAGAGCCGGGGGAGUCCUGAGGGAGGGGUGGCUGCUGCACCACACCGACACGGACACGCUGAGGAAACGUCAUUACUGGAUCCUGGACUGGAAGAGCAUCACCCUGUACCAGAACGAGAGCAGCACCAAGUACUACAAGGAGAUCGCGCUGUCCGAGGUGCUGCAGGUCCGAGGCCCCGCCCAGCUCGCCGUGCCCUCGUUGCCGGGCAACCGCGCCCACACCCUGGAGGUGGUCACGGCCUCGCUGGUGUACUGCGUGCUGGCCGGAGACGGCAGCGCGGCCUGGGAGAGCGCCGUCCGCCAGGCCCUGAUGCCCGUGGCGAGCAGCGGGGGGGGAGGCGACCACAGCCGCGACGGAGACUUAUGCAGCGGCGGCGUGGAAAUUAGCUCGGUGUAUCAGAUCUCCACAGACGAGGUGCUGGGCUCCGGACAGUUUGGCGUCGUGUACAAAGGCACCCACAGGACGUCGGGUCACCCGGUCGCCAUCAAAGUCAUCGACAAGACGCGUUUCCCCACCAAACAGGAGCGGCAGCUGAGGAACGAGGUGGCCUUCCUGCAGAAUCUGUCCCACCUCGGCGUGGUGCUGCUGGAGGGGAUGUUUGAGUCGGCCGAGUACGUCUUCGUGGUGAUGGAGAAGCUCCACGGCGACAUGCUGGAGAUGAUUCUGUCCAGCGAGCGCGGCCGCCUCCCCGAGCGCACCACGCGCUUCCUGGUGGCGCAGAUCCUUGAAGCUCUGCGCUACCUGCACCUCAAACACGUCGCCCACUGCGACCUGAAACCUGAGAACGUGCUGCUGGCCUCCGCCGACCCUUUUCCUCAGGUGAAGCUGUGCGACUUCGGCUUCGCCCGCAUCAUCGGCGAGAAGUCCUUCCGGCGCUCGGUGGUGGGCACGCCGGCCUACCUGGCGCCCGAGGUGAUCAGCAACAACGGCUACAACCGCUCGCUGGACAUGUGGUCGGUGGGCGUCAUCAUGUACGUGAGCCUGAGCGGCACCUUCCCCUUCAACGAGGACGAGGACAUCCGGCAGCAGAUCACCAACGCCGCCUUCAUGUACCCGCGCCAGCCGUGGGCCUCCAUCUCUCUGGAGGCCGUGAGUCUCAUCAACAACCUGCUGCAGGUGUCGGUGCGGCGGCGGUUCAGCGUGGGGAAGACGCUGGGGCACCCGUGGCUGCAGGACUUCCAGCUGUGGUGUGACCUCCGGGAGUUCGAGCUGCGGAAGGGCCGGCGGUUCCUGACGCACCGCGGCGACGAGGAGCGCUGGCUGCGCCACGCCCAGCAGAGGGGCCUGGACUUCCCCUCCCACCUGUGCUGGGACUCCGACGACCCCGACCUGUGACCUCGGCGCGCCGGGGGGGGGGGGGGCAGGCGGUGGUCAAAGGUCAGGCCGCCACACGCGUGGUUUUCUUUGUGGUCGUUCGCAGUGACUACGGUGCUUUUUGUGAAAAGAAAACACAACUCCUGUUUAGUAAUGUACUUUUUCUUUUUUAUUCCAAGUUGAGUUUUUUUUUAUUUUUUUUAAUAGGAACUGUGUGAAAGUGAUUUUCUUGUAUUUGCGUCUGUGAUGACGGACAGAAUGAGUGAAAAUGGAGCACAUGAAAUUAAAAUGUCGCCGCCACACACACACACGCGGAGGAGUCGACUCACUGUGGGAACAAACCCCCCCCCCCCCCCUCGUCGCUGACAUGGGCCUCCUGCGGUCCCUACAGUGUUGAUUCUUUAUUAUUUUGUCCCUAACUUGCCUCACGCACACGUACUUAAGGCCCCCCCCUCUCUCUCUUCAUUUGCCUUAUUUUACCCACAGUGCUUUGCUCCCUCUGUGCAUUUUAACGUCCACGUGCUCCCGCUCAUCCUGCGCUGGUUCCUGAGCUUUGGGCUUUAAGAUCUUCGGGUUUCACAGUGCUGUCGUGUUUAUUUUUAAGUACGAGCUCCGUGACAUCACAGCGCCCGACCUGCUCCCAGAGACGUGGUGUGUGUGUGUAUGUGUGUGUGUGUGCGUGGGUGUGUGUGUGCAACUUAAGGACGAGUCGAGGACUCAAAGGCGCUGUUUCUAAACUUCAACAUAGCAUGCAUCUGCACAAUUACACAACCCACAGGCUUCUUUCUUUUUGUGUUUAAAUCACUUUUUCAUCUGUAAUUACCCUUCUAAAAAUAUAAGUCAUCUGAGGGAGAGAGAGAGUGGGGGGGAUAGAGGGAGGGGGAGGGGGGAGAGCAGGAGGGGGUGGGGGUUGGGGGAAAAUAAAGGAAAGAUUUGAGGGGAAACAAACUGCUAGCACAGAAGGACAGCGGAAGGGGUUUCGUCGCUUGCUCCUCCCUCGUCAGAAGGGGGCGGGGCGCCGGGGGGGGGGGGGG